AUGAUGUUCAUUCUAAAGGGAACAUUCAUGUCAGCUGAGCAGGAUAAAAAAGCACUACUACUACGUAAAAAAGGUGGGCAAUCCGCAGAAGACGUCAAAGCAGAACCACCGUCGCCGAAAAGCUCCUCACCUCCUCCUGAAGCGACUCCUUCUUCACCUACAGGUGAUAAAUCGGCAGAGGGAUCGGGAUCGGCAGAAGGAACCGGAAAGAAAAAAUACGAGCGGUUGAAAGUUUCAUCAAUGGAAAAAUGGAUGUCCGCAGGACCACCUUAG